UGCAAUUCAAUUCGCUUUGGCAUCCAAACGCAGCCCAUCUGGAGAAGCAUUGUGUAGUCCUUUUGUGGGAGAUUCUCCUCUGUAGGAAAACAUGUGAAGAUAGCACAGUUAGGAAGGAACCUCUUUAUCCUUUGCCCAAUUCCUUUCAUUGGUUUUGUUCGCAUUUCAUUCCUUUAUAAGGAUAUUUAGAUUAACAUACAUGGCUACCAUUGGGCUCAGCCAUGGCUGGUACUCUACCAUCUUUGGCAUUGAGCUAUCCAAUGAGUAGGAAAUCUCGACACAGCCCACUUAGUUUGGCAAGUACGCAUCUUCCCGUCGGUUCCACCACUGUCAACAGUACGUGUUUUUUGGAGCUGAAGGGAGCAACACAUAGAAGCAUUUGUUUAAAGAGAGUGCCAUGGCAACCGCAUUGCACCAAACGGUCAGCCGAUCUGGGUGGGCCAGACUCUCGACCAGAUCCAAUUCGGCCAUCCGACGCAAUUACGCAGUUCUACUCAUUGAUCAAUAGCAAGAAGUUGGAUAAAUUGAGAGAGCUCAUAUCAGAAGAUUGUUAUUUUGAAGAACUGUCGUUUCCCAAUCCAUUUCAAGGGAGAACGGAAGUUAUGUAUUUCUUAACCGAACUAGCCAACGACAUGGGCCACAACAUACGGUUCAUUAUUGAGAAGGUAUAUGAAGGAGGUGACGAAUUUGCAGCCGGAGUAAUGUGGCACUUAGGUAACGUAAACCUCCGAUUUUCAAUCAUGGUCACCAUCUCUUUUGUCUUUCUUAGUGUUAUCACAACAAAGAGCAUUGUCAUUGCAGAAUGGAAGGAAAAACAAAUUCCCUUCACCAAAGGCUGCAGCUUCUAUGAAUGCUCAAAAGUGGGAGAAAAGCUUGUCAUUAAGAAAGCUCGGGUUGUGAUUGAAUCGCCGGUGAAGCCAGGAGUAUUUCUGCUGAAACUGUUGUCGGUGGUCAGUUCUGUAUUUGACCAAUUUCCGAAUUUGACAGAGAGAUUCCUUCAAAAACCUCAUAUAGUACUUAAGUUUCUAUUGAAAAUUUACAAGAUAUUGGUUGAGCCUAUGAUCCUUCCAGUUUUGGUGUAUUACACCCACCUAUGGAAAUUUGUGGCCCGCUUGUUUGGCUGCGUUUUCAACAUACUACUAAAUAUUUUUAAGUUGUUCAAGUGA